UCCUCUCAACAGUAUAUUUGCAAUACACGUAUAAUUUACAGAAUCGCAAACUCUACAAUGAAAUAUUUCUUGUUGGAUUUCUGACUUCAUUUAAUGUAACAGUGAUGACGAUCAUGUUUAUCAUGUUAAAUAUUGUUAGUUAGGACAAUUUUAAAGCACUGCACAGAUAGCAUGAAAAAAAAAAACUGCAAUCUCAUAAAUAUUGAGCAAAUUUUCAUAGGUAUAUCCUUCAGUGUCCGACUAACCAUGUAAGUGCAAACAUAGGUCUCCUAGGUAACACUCAUUUUUCUUCUGUACAUUGAUUUCACAAACAAGUAUAACUCCAUAUUUGGAACCUGGGAAACUGUCAUUUCUAGUGGAUUACAAUUUAAGCUUACUACUACAGUCUGAGAAGAGAGAAGAAUGCAGGAACCAAGACCACUGCAGACCAUGAGAGACCAGCAUAUUGCAGAAACCUUAUUCCAGUGUCAACAUUGUAUGCUUCCUGUCGCCCAAACCCGACCCUUCUAGCUAGAUGGCCUGAUGGCUUGCCCUUUGAUCUGCCCUUGAGUUCUGGGACAUAACAUGAUGAUGUAAUUGGGAUGCUCAAAGUGUUGCAUACCAGAGGGAGCAACUUCUGAGCAACAGCUUUGCUGCAAAUCUUAGUAACUAGUAUGGUUGGAAUGCCAACCAACAGUCUUCCUAAGAAGACUCCAAUUGAAAGUUCAGAACUAAAUAAGAUUUGAAUAUUCUCUGGUUGAGAGUGGAGAUGUGUUUGCUGGAUUCCACUUACCUGGAUUGGAUUUAGAAGUGUAAGAACAUAGUUUGUAGAAACAAUUUAUCGUGCCAGAUUAGGUAUUUACCAGUCCAAAUGCAACCCCAUUAAAGGCUGUAUGGUAUUGGAAACUUGGGGUAGGAAAUUCUGGAGUAGGAUAGGCAAAGCAUAACAAGAAUGAUAAACUUGCCCAAAAAUAAGUGACUGCAACAAGAACCAGAAAAGGUAAAAACACAACUCAAUUAGUUCUGGGAAAAAAAAUGCUUCUUUGGCAUGAAGGUUUUGAAAAGCAUAACUAUUUGACUGACUGUAUACUACAUAUGCAAUAUAUGUGAUAUUCAGAGGUAUAUGUGGUUAAUGUCAAAAUAUUAAAUUUUUCUGAUUGAACUGGCUGAUAAGGAGCAUUUUUCUGAUUGAGUGAAUGCAUCCUGAUUAUCACCAUACCAUUGUGCCCAGUUGUAAUGAAGCCAUCAACAUGUUCAUGAACUGUGAGCCAAAGAGCAAGGAGAAGAACUCCAAAGAUGAUUCCAGCCACUACAUCUAUCAAGCUAUGCAUUCCAAGGCAGAGGAUAGUCGGGGUUCCGGCGAGGACGCGGCGAGUGAUGCAGGGCUGCGUCAAGGCCCGUGCUCUCUUGGAGAGUCUGAAGGAGGAUGCGGCCGCCACCCAUCCCAGGACGAAAGCGAUGGUGAGCGGUUGCCACAAUGGGAUGCUGCUGCCCAUCUCCAUCUUCUCUUCGCCGGCCGGUAAAUUAGUCUCCCAAGGUCCCUCCUUUUUUAUUGAAUGGGAAGAGCUGGCGGGAGGCAAUGAACGGCGUUUGCUUAUUUAUGAGAUUAGAAGGGACGGGAGAGAAGACGGUGGGAGACAAUGUCUACUACUCCCAUUGAUGUUCGUUUCCUUCUACGCUGACUUUAGUCGCCGGCUUAUAAAUGCUGCAAGUUCGUCGUUGACUUUCUGACUCUUAACUGUGUUGCUUUAGAGACGAGAGAAGGUCAAAGGGAGAAUUAGUAGUGGAAGAUCUUUUCUUUUUCAUAUUGACAUAGAUGGUAAUAACUUGUUUGGAUGGGGCCGUAAGGCCAACUUUAAUGGUA